GAGUCUAGGCCAACUUAAACUCAACGUCUGCCAAACUGGUAUAAAAGCAGCUGACAUAUAGUCAGAUUGCAUAGUGAUCUCUGCCAUGAAGUUCUUUGCUCUGAUUGUGCUUCUUUUAAUCGCGUUGAUAGCCGCAAAGGCAGUUCCUCUAUCGCCGUCAUUCCAAAAAUGCCUUGAUGAAAUAAGUGAUGCGGAGUUGUGUGAAAAUUUCAAAGACCAAUUCCCAGAAGAUGCACCUGCUGUUCCCCUCGAUGAAUACACCUUCGAAGCUCAUUCUGGAUAAUUUAACUUCGUUUUCGUUGUGUAAUGCCGACAAACGCGAAUUAAGCUGAAUAAUUUAUUGUGCUAUGCUGCUUUAUAAGUUAAAUAAAUA